AUGAGCUCCCAAAUUCCUCAGAACUAUUCCAUCACGUUGGAGGCGGCCUUCAACCCCCUGGCCAACCUGCAUCUGUGGGCCUCCCACACCUACCUCUCACCGGGCUUCUUUUUCCAUUGCGACAAUGCAGCUCUGGAGGGCGUGGGCCACUUCUUCCUGGGGUUGGCCAAGGAGAAGUGCAGGGUCGCUGAGCAGCUCUUGAAGAUGCAAAACCAGCGUGGUGGCCGCAUUCUCUCUCAGGACGCGCUGAAGCCUUCCCAGAAUGAGUGGGGCAAAACUCAGGAUGUCAUGGAAGUCACCGUGGUCCUGGAGAAGAACCUGAACCAGGCAUUUUUGGAUCUGUUCUAUCCGCACAGACCCUCAUCUCUCUGA